GCAAGCAGUGCAAUGUCUUGUAAGACAGUAAAACAAUUCAUAGCACUUGUUCUAACGAUUAUUCACCCAUGGCUUCUUCAAAGCCAUAUAUUGGCUGUAGAAUAGGGUUGCUUUCAAAGGCCCAAAAUCGUUAUGAGGGAAUUUUGUACACAAUUGACAAAAAUAAUUCCACAGUUGUGUUGGCAAAAGUAAAGUGUUUUGGAACAGAGGGGCGUCCUACUGAAAGACCAACGUCCCCUAAAGACGAUGUCUAUGAGUACAUAACUUUCCGUGGAAGUGACAUCAAGGAUAUCACACUGUGUGAAUCUCCAAGGUCUUAUCAUGGCCUACCUCCAGAUCCAGCAAUCAUACAAUCAUCCAGUUCAAGCUCAGGCAUAUAUUCAAGUCUUGGACUGUUUAGCCCCGUAAGAAUGCCUGCUUAUAAUCAACUUGCUGCCAGCUCUCUUCUUAGCCAGCAGUAUGCUGCUGCUCUUGGACUGGGGCCUCUCCUUUCAGACCUGCAUUUCAGACGGGGCCCCAUGGUAGAGAAGGCUGUCCAAACCAUCCAAGUAGAAAGGCAGAGAAGCGGUUUGACUACUUCCCAGGAAAGGCAAUGGAAUAGGAGGAGGCCCCCAAGGACCAGGAAAGUGAACUCCCAGCCCCAAAAGGACCCUGCUACCAGGAGUUCAGGUUCUGGUGUGAUUUCUAAUCGACCAGAAGCACAGCGGCAGAACACUGACCGUCCACCGGCCAGAAGAAGGCAAGCACCUCGACGUCAGAGCAGUGGUAGAGGACAGCUAAUGGUGGCUAACAUUCCAUCACCUAUUCUCAAAUUUGAUACAGACUUUGACUUUGCUUCAUCCAAUGCACAGUUUAUCAAAGAGGAGCUUGAGAGGGAGUUGCAGGAAAAAAGGAACCUAAAAGAUGAAGACAUUAAGAAGGCAAAAGCGAGGAUGCACACAUUGCUGGAGAAUGAGGAUUUUAGCCCGAAAUGUUACUAUGACAAAGCAAAGUCUUUUUUUGACAAUGUCUCCUCUGAUAAUGGGCUUAGUUUCAGAUUAACAUGGGCUGAGGAACGGAAGCGCAAUUUGGAGACUUUUGGAGUCACUGGCCGGUUCAUAAGAGGACAAAGCUUAAGAGGUACAUUUACUGGACGCAGAGGAAGAGGAGCUUUAGACAGAAUCCAGAGAGGACAGGUGUGAAGACCACUGAAAACUUCAUCUGGAUUUUUUUUUUUUUUGUCCAUUUCUUUAUUGUUGAACUUUACUGCCAAGAAUAAAAAAAAUUCUUUAGUUUUUUUGUUUUUUUUGUUUGAUUAUGUACUGGAAGAUAUUUUAUUUACUUGGUUAAUGUAAUUUUGUUCUGAUUGAGGCACUCACCAUUUGAAGUGUUUAACUGAUUUUUGUCUGAAUUUGAGCACUUGCAUAAUUGUCAAAUACUGUAAAUAUAAACAUGAAGUUAAAUCUGUA